ACAUUGGAACAAACAAGAUACUAAAUCUGUUAUUUUAAAGAAGGAACAAAGGCUUUUUUUCGAUUAUUUGAUCCAAUUUAAGUGCGUUGUUCUGAUUUGAUAGAAGUUCGUUGCUCCCAACGAUGUGGUAGAAGGAACGCAUUCAUAAUUGUCAGUUAGUAUUGUGAAUUAGACACCGAUAGUCAUUGGAUAUCGUGCUAUUUAACAAUAUAAGAAUGAUAACAAUUCUCAUAUUAAUAGCAGUUACAUCAGUAUAUGCAAAUAAUUGUUCAUAUAUUUACGAUGAUAUAUAUUAUACGAGAACAUCGGUAUUGACAAUUAAGGGAUUACCAACAAACUUGGCUUACAAUCCAAAUAACAAUGACUUACAUUUCACAUUAAUCGACUUAGAAUCAUUACACGAUGAUAAUGUUCAAACUAGAAUGGAUCAAUAUGUACUUAGAAAUGGGGAACCCAUUUUAAUUGAUAAUGUUAGAGGACAAGCAUCAGCUGUUGAUGUUAAAAAUAACAGAGUAUAUAUCGCCAGUGACGAUGGAAUAGGAAUUCUAAAUGCAAGUGAUAAAGUUCAAUUUGCAAAUCUAAAAGAUGAAGACGUAGUGUACCUAUACAAACCGAUGAAUAGUGAAGAUUUGUACGCAGUAACAUAUCCUAAUAACGAAGUAUUCGUUAUUGAUACAAAGAACAAUGAAAAGAGAAGAAUCGAAUAUGUUCCUUGUGCAUUUAUUUUAACUGUGGAUGCGGAAAAUAAUAUAUUUUAUGAAUGUGAUUCUAAAUACGUUAAAGUAUUACUUAAAGACUUUCAAGAGCCUAUUGAAUUUGUUGGCAUCGCUAAGAAUUCUGCGAGAGCGUUAACAAUUGAUGAAAGUAAUAGAGUUAUUUUGGCGGCAAAUGAUGGUUUAUACUGGUUGAAACCAGAUAAUGUUGUACCGAAAAAGUUAAUGAAUUUAGAUUUCGUGCCAUCUGGUAUCGUUCUAAAUGAAGAUGUUGUCUAUUUAGCAACGAACGGUAUUAUUUAUAAAUACACUAACGAUAAUUGUGUUUGAAAUGUUAAAGUGUGGUAUUCGACUACCGUGAUAUUUUAUUAUUGUCCCUCUAUCAAUGUGAAUAAACUUGCUCAAAAGACAACAAAGGCCAUUGGCUGAAAAUUACCGUUACCAUGGCAACCGUUUUUGCUGCUAUUAGUUUACAAUUUGUGUGACUUUUUCGCAAAACAAUUUUUUUCAGUUUACUCAAACCCUAUGUUUAACGGCGUGUAAAUAUAUAGCCUACAGCGUAUCUUAAGAAUAGGGCUAUUUAUUACUAAAAGAAUUAU